GAAGUGUGUUGAAACUUUCUUUUUAAAGAGUCGUUUUGGCAUUGCGUUUCUUUAGAUGUGGAUGGUUGUUCUUCGUUCAAUUGUUGAGAUGCUAUUGCAUUAUCUUCAGGUGCCCAGUGAAGAAAAUCAAUGGCUAGAUAUAAUUAAUGGAUUUCAAACUAAGUGGAACUUCCCAAAUUGCAUUGGGACAGUAGAUGGCAAACAUAUAGUUAUAAGAGCGCCGCAUAAAACUGGGUCCGAUUAUUUCAAUUAUAAACAAUCGUUCAGCAUAAUUUUGCUUGCCUUAGUUGAUCAUAAUUAUUGUUUCACAUAUAUGGAUAUAGGAGCUAAAGGCAGGGCAUCAGAUGGGGGUGUGUGGCGAAACUGUAGCCUCAAUGAAGCUAUGGAGGCAAACAUACUGAAUAUACCUCCAAACGCAGUUAUUGUUGCUGAUGAUGCAUUUCCUUUAACAACAUCUCUACUCAAACCAUACAGUAAACGAAAAUUAUCCAGAGCUGAACGUAUUUUCAAUUAUAGGCUGUCCAGAGUAAGACGUAUUUCUGAAAAUGCAUUUGGUAUACUAGCAUCAAAAUUUAGAAUAUUUGAAAGGAAAUUGCCGUAGAUUUACAAAAAGUUGAUAAAAUUGUAAAAACCUGCUGCUCAAUACAUAACUGGCUUCGAAAAAUUGGUAACUGUUAUGCGCCAGCUAACCUAAUUGAUUCUGAAGACGAAAACUACAAAGUAAUUCCGGGAACUUGGCGGCAAAUAAGCAGUUCUGGUCUUAUAGACAUUACUGCGACACAUGAUAGACACCCGAACAGAUCAGCAUUGGUAAAAAGAGAUGAAUAUUGCAACUACUUCAACCAUGAGGGAGCAGUUCCUUGGCAAUGGCAAAUUGUUGAGGAGUAAAAAAAGUACCACAUUACAUUCUCAAAAUGUGUAAGGAAAUGAUAUACUGGCUAGAUUUAGUAAUAUAUACAUAUAUAUAUAUAUUUUUUUUUACUUAUAAAUUAAAAUAAACACUUACCAAGUUUGAUUGGGUUUCUCUUGCUUUUACGUGCGGCUUGAGAAAAGAAUCAAUUAUUUUGAACCAUCUCACUUUGGCAGUAUAAACUUCAUCAGAACAACACCCGGACUUCAUAUUCUGCCUAAUCUUUUUUAUUUCUUGCAAAUAGGAGCUACGUAAAUUUUUAAAUUUCAUUAUUACAUGGAUUUCUGUAAAACCAUCGAUUUCCAUUGCAUUUGCAAUACUUCUUGCUGCAGCUGCACGAGACUCUCGUUUUUUAUAGUCCUCCCUGGUCGGAUCCCACAAAACUGGCUCAUUUUGAUAUAGUUCCAGAAAUUUAUUGGUGUCUGCGCAUCGUUCAUUCUUAAAAUAUGAGCAGCCAUAAUUUAACAAUUUACUGUCCACCUGCUCUGCUCACGGCUGACCACACGAUACAAAAAUCAAACAGGUUUAAUAUUUUCACGAUCCGAAUUAUUUCCGUUCGUG